AUGAGUCUAUCCUCCAGUCCGACAGCCUCCCUUAACGACUCCCCUGACGCAACCAAGCCACCUUUCACGCCUAAACGAUGCCUAUUAUGUCCAAAUUCCUUGCCAAGCUUCGAUGACAGUGUCCUACACAUACAAAAAUUAUACGGCCUAUUUAUUCCCCAUCGACAACAUCUAGCAGUCGACCUCGAGACUCUUUUCAGAUAUCUGCAUCUCAUCAUCUUUGGAUGGCGAGAAUGUAUACAAUGCGGAACAACCAAGACCACAGUCCAAGCUAUACAACAGCAUAUGACGGGCAAGGGCCACUGCAGAUUUGAUAUAUCAGACCCAGACUCGGAGUUUGCCGAAUUCUACGACGUCUCCGAGCCGGAAGGCAACCAAGAGAGCGAUAUCGACGAGGGAAAUCACGAUGAGUCGGUGUUGAGCUCAAGUCAAAAGCAACUGUUGGCUGGUAAAGAGUCAAUUCAUUUACCAUCGGGGAGGAUCAUAUCCAGAAAGUCAUCAGCACAAGCGGAGCCAGCAUUUUUCACUCGACUACACCGCCGAAAUCAAAGCAUCGCUUCACGAAUAGAAUAUUCCGUACCAGAGCCCGGCGAGGAGGACGAAAUUCGCAAAGGAGGGCUCAACCCGGAUGUAGAUGGCACACGAGCUUUAUCGAGGAGAGAGAAACGAGAGAAGGCAAUGGUAAAAACAAAAACACAGUUGGCAAAUAUGACCAUGAACGAUCGAACCAGCUUGAUGCACUUAUCCGCGUCUGAGCAACGCUCGGUACUGGCGACGCAGCAUAAGCAAGGGAAAAAGGGGAAUAAGAAUUUGUAUGCUUACUGGGCUACUGGAACACCCGUAUACCUAUGUGACUCAUUUCCGAUCUUCAAUUGUUACUCCGUCAGCGGAAGCUCUACGAUUCCUCUCAAACCUACCUUUCCAUCCAAAUCAAUUCCAACCCAUCAAAUCAACAUGGCAGGAAGCCCGCGGGAACAGUGGGAGAGACUGCAGAUUAUGCUCCAGAACCGAGCUAGGGCUGGAGGCGGCGGCGGCGGUGGUGGUUUCCGAUUUGGAGGAGGUGCGCCCAUGGGAGGUCCAGCUAUUGCAAUCGCUGUGUUGGUAGCGGGAGGAUAUGCGCUUUCGGCUUCUUUGUUUAACGUUGAUGGUGGUCACCGAGCUAUCAAAUAUUCAAGGAUAUCCGGUGUAAAGAAGGAGAUUUACAGUGAAGGAACACAUAUCAAAAUUCCCUGGAUCGAAACACCUGUCGUGUACGACGUGCGAGCUAAGCCGAGAAACGUUGCAUCCUUGACCGGAACGAAGGAUUUACAAAUGGUCAACAUCACAUGUCGAGUCUUGUCACGACCACGAAUCGAAGCUCUACCCCAGAUCUACCGAACGCUAGGCAAAGACUUUGACGAGCGAGUAUUGCCCUCGAUUGUCAAUGAAGUCUUGAAGAGCGUUGUUGCCCAGUUCAAUGCCAGUCAGUUAAUCACACAGCGAGAGAAUGUUGCCCGACUUGUCCGAGACAAUCUUGCUCGACGAGCGGCUCGUUUUAAUAUCACAUUAGAUGAUGUUUCAUUAACCCACCUUGCAUUCUCCCCCGAGUUUACCGCGGCCGUCGAGGCAAAACAAGUAGCCCAACAAGAAGCCCAGAGAGCAGCUUUCCUUGUCGACAAAGCCCGGCAAGAAAAACAAGCUACCAUCGUCCGAGCACAGGGUGAAGCCCGCUCCGCCGAACUUAUUGGUGACGCUAUUAAGAAGAGCAAGAGUUACGUGGAACUCCGACGCAUCGAAAACGCCCGAAAUAUUGCGCAGAUCUUGCAAGAGGCUGGUGGCAGGAACAAGUUGUACCUCGAUACUCAGGGAUUGGGUUUGAACGUGAACGCUGGGCCUGAAGCUGAGAAAUAAAUGUUUUACAUGAUUUGUACCACCCUCCUCCAAAAUUUUUUUGCAUGUUGUGUGUGCAUCGUCACAUUGUGUAUAAAUAGUCAACACCUAGUGCUUUAAUGCAGUACUAUCGCUACUCGUA